AUGACAAAAAAAUUCCCAAAUUUGCGUAAGGAACUUGAAGAAGCUGGCUUUUCCACAUCAUCUGUUAUGUUAGAAUCGCCUACUGAAUCAGAUAUGAAUAUAAGUUAUGAGAACGGUGGAGAAGUAAAACAGCCAAUUGCUUUAUCAGACGCAAUAAUAAAUCAACUGAAAGAUGAUGAAAGUUUCCAGACAGCUGAAGUAUUAGAACAACCAUGUUUUUGUAAAUUAGUUACAAGAACCAAGCGCUCUGUUGCUUUAGACUCAGCUACAAUUGAUGCAGCUGUAGUAGUUAGUGAUACAGCUGUAGUACAGGAAGAUCUAAUUCCAUCUGGUAUCGAAGAACCUGAAAAACAGUUUAUAGUAGAAGAAGAAACAAUCGUAAAAAAAGUAACUGAUAAACAGAAAAUGAUAACGGAUAGAGUAAAUGACGCGCUUGAGAAUUUUAACAGAAAAUUAGUAAAUACUGAAAUAGAAGAAGAAUUAGAUGUAAUAGAUCGCGAUCAAAUUUUAGUUGAUCCUAAGAUGUUAAAAGAUGAGCUGGGUGCACCGGACGAGGCUGUGAUAGAGGAACAGGUAAUAGCAGAAGCAGUGAAUAUACCAGAAGAGGAAACGGCUAUAGUAAUUCCGCCUAAAGAAAUAGUAGAACAUCAGCCUGUGAUAGAGGAUUUGAUAGUAGCAGAAGUAUUUGAUAUG